AUGCAGUGGCUGAUGAGGUCCCGGGUCCUCUGGGGCAUUCACACAUCCUUCCAUGGCUUCCACCCUGCCCCUCGGCAGCUGCGCUGCCAGUCUUUAUCAGGAGCUGGAGCACCAAAUUGGAAUGACUAUGAUAGACCCGAGGAAUUUAAUUUUGCAAGCCAUGUGCUGGACUAUUGGGCUCAAAUAGAGAAGGAGGGCAAGAGAGGUCCAAACCCAGCCUUUUGGUGGGUGAAUAGCCAAGGGGAUGAAUUGAAGUGGAGCUUCAGAGAGAUUACAGACCUAACCCGCUGUGUAGCCAACGUCUUCACACAGAACUGUGGCCUGCAGGAGGGAGACAAACUGGCCUUAAUUCUGCCUCGAGUGCCUGAGUGGUGGCUGGUGAUCGUGGGCUGCAUCCGAACAGGGAUCGUCUUCAUGCCAGGGACCACCCAGUUGAAGAGGAAGGACAUUCUCUACCGACUACAAGCAUCUAAAGCCAAGGGCAUUGUGACCACAGAUACACUUGCCCCAGAGGUGGACUCUGUGGCUUCUGAGUGCCCCGAUCUGAAAGCCAAGAUCCUGGUGUCCGAUCACAGCCGUGAAGGAUGGCUGGACUUGAAGUCACUGAUUAAAUCAGCAUCCCCAGACCAUACCUGUAUUAAGUCAAAGACCAUGGACCCAAUGACCAUCUUCUUCACCAGUGGGACCACAGGACAGCCCAAGAUGGCAAAACACAACCACGGACUUGCCUUACGAUCCUCUCUCCCUUCAUGCAGGAGAUUGAUGCAGCUGAAGCCGUCUGAUGUCCACUGGUGCCCGUCGGACACAGGCUGGAUUAUGGCCACCGUGGGAUCUCUAGUUGAACCAUGGACAGCAGGAUCUACACUCUUUGUUCAUGAACUGCCUCAGUUUGAUCCCAAAGUCCUUAUACAGACAUUCUUCAAAUACCCCAUCACCCAAAUCCUUGCUGCACCAUCUGUAUUUCGAAUGAUUCUGCAGCAGAAUGUCUCCAGUCUCAGGUUCCCCACCCUGGAGCACUGCUGCACUGGUGGGGAGGCCCUGCUGCCCGAGGAUUUGGAGCAGUGGAAAAAACAGACGGGCCUUGUACUCCAUGAGAUCUAUGGACAGUCAGAAACGGGAAUAUGCUGCGGUGUCCUCCGGGGAAUGAAGGUCAAGCCAGGUUCCAUGGGGAAGGCCGUCGCACCUUUUGACAUGCAGAUCAUCGACGACAAGGGCAACAUCCUGCCGCCCAACACAGAAGGAAACCUUGGCAUCAGGAUCAAGCCCACCAAGCCCAUAGGAGUCUUCAUGUGCUAUGAGGGUAACCCAGAGAAGACAGCCGAAGUGGAAUGUGGGGACUUUUACAACACCGGGGACAGAGCAACCAUUGAUUCAGAGGGCUACAUUUGGUUCCUGGGGAGGAAUGAUGACAUCAUAAAUGCCUCUGGGUACCGCAUUGGGCCGGUGGAGGUGGAGAGCGCCUUGGCGGAGCACCCGGCGGUGGCCGAGUCGGCCGUGGUGGGCAGCCCGCACCCAACUCGAGGGGAGGUGGUGAAGGCAUUUAUUGUCCUGACCCCAGAGUUCAUGUUUCAUGACCGGGACCAGCUCAUCAAGGAGCUGCAGGAGCACGUGAAGUCAGUGACAGCCCCAUACAAGUACCCAAGGAAGGUGGAGUUUGUCCCAGAGCUGCCCAAAACCGUCACUGGCAAGAUCAAACGGAAGGAACUUUGGAACAAGGAACAUGGUCUGAUGUAA